CAAUCCAUUUUUCCAACGCCGGUAACUGAAUCGGAAUCGGAAAACCCUAGAGACGUAUGGUUGAUUGGAGUGGCGAUGCACCGGCAGGGCUCGUCUCCGAUUACGCCUUCAAGCUAUAACGCCGCCGUUUCAAUUGCUUCUGAUGUACCUACUGGCUUAACCAAGUCUCCUUUAUCUCACGCGAUUCCAGUUUCGCCGAUUUCUGCUGCUUACCCUUCCGGUGAUCCUAUGCUGAUGAUGUCUGGGACUCCUCUCGCUAGGGUUCGAUUAUCUGAUAUUUUGCCUUAUGAAGGAGCUCCUUCUCCGGUGUAUGCAAAAGCCGUGGAGGCUUUGUCUGUGUCUUUGAUGAGGCAUAAUGCGUCUGUGAUCGAGCUAGGGAGUGAUGACACUGCACUCAUGCGAUGUGGCCUUGAAGCUGCUCGUUUGUAUUUUAGAACUAGAAGCCUUAAUGUUUCUGGUAAAGGCAAUCGUGGCCUCUCUAUGUAUAGAGCUGGAAGAUCUGUUGAGGAUUUAGAUUCUUCACCUCCAUGCAUGGCUGAGAUUUUCCGGUGCUUGGGUAAAGUAGCACGAGCUGCUUUAUCUGCAAUUGCAAGGCAUCUACGUCUAAGAAGCGAUGUUUUUAACCAUAUGCUCGAUGACUUUCCACUAGCUCCGAACGAGGUUUCCUCCUCGGUGCUACUGGCUUCCUAUGCUCAUGCAUCAAUACAAAAUGGAAAACAUGCUUCUGGAGGUGGGAAUCUAUCUGCUAAAAUUGAAGUUGAAAAGGGUUUGUUGACACUGUUCUGCUCAGAUGGCACUGGCAUUCAGGUAUGUGACCCAAAUGGUCGUUGGUACACAGCAGAUAAUGGGUGUGGGGUGGGUGAUGUCUUAUUGAUUACCGGCAAAGCGCUUAGUCAUGCUACUGCAGGUCUUCGUCCAGCUGCCUCUUACAGAACUACUACCGAUCAUUUGUCUGGCACUGACACUCGAGGAAGGGCAUCAUUAGCUUUUAGGCUUAUGCCGAAAAGUAAUGCUAUAUUAGAUUGUUCCCCAAUAGAAGCUGCCGGCCAUGUAAUUCCUCAAAGCUAUGUGCCAGUAUCUGUUAGUCAGUUUAUGGAUAACCUCUUGGCCGAGAAUGACACUCUAGUUAAUCCGCCUGUGAAAACAAAUGUUCCGCGGGAUGAUGUUUGCAAAGAGCCUUCCUUAAGAAGUGUUCUCUCGGAUCCAAUUUCUGGGGCUUUUCUUGAAGAUGCAAUGGUUGUCUCUUGUGGACACUCAUUUGGUGGCCUCAUGCUUAGAAGAGUUCUUGAAAUGUCUAGAUGUACGCUCUGCAAUGCAGAAAUCGAGUCUGGGUCUCUGGUUCCUAACCAUGCACUUAGAGCUGCCGCUUCAGCUAUAAAGCAACAGGAUGAUAAAAGACUUUUCCACAACGCAGCCAUGAGGAGGCGUAGAAAAGUAAUGAGUGAUCAAAUGGAUGUGGAAAAUGGAGAUCCAGCUACGGAUGAUGGGAUGCAUCGAGUGGUGCAUUAUCCAUUUGCUGUAAAUGAGAAAGUGCUUAUCAAGGGAAACCGGAGAACCCCGGAAAAGUUUGUUGGAAAAGAAGCAAUUGUGACAUCUCAAUGUCUCAAUGGCUGGUAUCUAUUAAAGAUUGUCGAAAGCGGAGACAAUGUGCGGCUGCAAUACCGAUCCCUAAAAAAAAUGGUGAACGAUGACAGAGGAGGAGGCAUACAGGUUCAACCGGUUGAGAGCAAUAGCUUGUAGAAUGUAAUCAUAUUUAACCCUUUUCUUUUCUUCUUAUUCUGUAUCUCUAGAGCUAGAGAGAAAAGAAAAGAUAAUGUGGUUUGGGGUUUGAGAUUCUGCAUAAAUUUAAAUCGUUUGG